AUGGUCAGCAUUUCGGUGACAUUCGUGACCAGUGAUGGCAAACGGAUCACCGGUUCCGGCAAAGAGGGCGACAGUCUUCUCGAUGUUGUCGUCAAUAAUGACUUGGAUUUAGACGGCUUUGGCGCCUGUGAGGGGACACUGGCCUGUUCCACAUGUCAUCUCAUAUUCAAAGGCCAAGACUUCUCGCGAAUCAAAGACAAGGCGACCGAUGAGGAGCUCGAUAUGUUGGACCUCGCCUUUGGUCUCUGCGAUACGUCCCGACUGGGCUGUCAGGUUAUACUCACUAAAUGGAUGAAUGGCUUAGAGGUGGAGGUGCCCGACAGUGUCAACGACGUCCGCACCAAUUAGUAGUGAUUUACAAAUUAUAGGCAGUCAUUAAGUAAUGGUUUUCACUAAUUCUUACGAUUGUUACUUGUUUUGCAAUAAUCAGUGAAUCCAUUGCUGCAGUUAUAGUGAAAUCGUUGAAUAUUUGACAACAUUUUCUAAUAUUAGCAAUAAAAUUGAUUUUUAUAAAUAAA